AAUUGAACAUUUGGCAUCAGUUGCAUUUGAAGCAUUCAAAGCAAACAAUUCAAGCGCAGUUCGAGCAUACAGCUGAUAAAAAAGUUGAGCUAAACUAAGGAGAAAUCGCUUUGAAGUACACAGAAAAAAAAGUCAGAAGAGAACUUUAGAACCAGAUUUUUUUGUUUGGAAGUAAGAGAUUCACUUUUAUCUGUAACAAUGAAUUCAAUGAUAAUUUUUGUGUCAUUUGUGGCAAUUGUGUCCGCAACGCCAAUUCCGACGCCAGAUAACUACGGUAAGCCUCCAUCGGCGCUUCACUAUCCAUCGUAUCAUGAGGAACAUAAACCUUAUCAUCAAGAAGAACAUAAGCCUUAUCAUCACGAAGAACAUAAGCCUUAUCACCACGAAGAGCAUAAGCCACACUAUCCUCCACCACCGCCAACACAUCACGAGGAUAGCCAUCAUCACUACUAUAAGCCACCAUCACAUCAACAGAAACCAGAAUUCCACACACACAAACCCGAAUAUCAUAAAGAACCUGAGUAUCACAAGAAACCUGAACACGAACACGAAUACCACAACAAGCCAAUUCACUACGAGAGCAAACCACACCAGCCACCAUACCAUCAUGAUUAUAAACAACCAGACCACCAUUUCGAAGAAAAGCCACACUAUGGUCACGAGUCGCAUAGCCACAAUUACAAACCACAUCAUUAGGCGCCGCCGUCAUAUUUAUAUUAAAUAUCAUAUGACAAAACAGAAGAUGAUGGAACAGAAAAAAAGACACACACACACACACACACAUCAUUCUCAUUUGGCACUAAUUUAAUGACAUCGACAUCAAAAACUCAUUAGUGAUUUGCAUAACAAUCAUUUGAAUAAAUUCUUACUUUUUUUGUUGUACUUAAAAUGAGAGAGAGAAAAAACACAAACACUCUCUGUUUGAAUUAAGUUAAAAUCAAGAAAUUACUCGAAAAUUAUCUCUAUUUAUGAAAUGAAAACAGGAUUAUGAAAUUAAAUAUAGAAAUCUUCUAGAACAAAUUUAAACGGUUACUUUUUUGGGAUAUUUUUUUUUAUAUUCUAUCUUUGUUGUGGAUUUAAUCUUAUGCAGCCAAGCGACGAUUUGCGAUGAGGUCACAUUAUUUUUUGUUGUUUGGAUGAUAUCUUUUGAACUCUGUAAAGGGACAAACAAAAAAAAUUCAUUCCUCCCAGUUAUGUGAUAUUGCUUGGACCACCUGCAGUUAAGUAUAAAAGGAAGUCAAUUCCAACGCCAAAUCAGAACUCAAUUUCGUCGUUCAACUGUAACAAUUUACAAAACAAGCGCUGUAUCAACAUGAAACUCUUGUCGGUUUUGUUUGUCGUCUUAAUGGUAUUCCUUGCAUUCGCCGCUGCUAACCAAGGUGGUCACGAACAACAUGGUGGACAUGGACAGCAACAACAAUACGGACAUGGACAACAACAACAUGGAGGACAACAACACGGUAGACAACAACAUGACUUACACCAUGGACAACAAUCACACCAUGGACAACAAUCACACCAUGGUUCCCAUUGAAUAAUCAAAAUAAAACCAGGACACUGGAGCCAAAUUCCGUUUUAAACGAAAUAAACAGUUGAAUUUAUUUUUUUCCUGGUUGAUUUGUUGAAUAAAGCUCUUAUUUCCAACGAAAAAUA